AUGGCUUCAAACAACGUACAACCGACAGGCAAAGAUUUCAGCCUCGCCAUUGUUGGCGGCGGCAUCUGUGGAUUGACCCUUGCCAUUGCACUCGCAAAGGCUGGUAUACCAUCCAACGUCUUCGAAGCAGCGCACAAAUACGGUGAAAUCGGUGCUGGGAUAGGCGUUGGAUGUAAUGCCGUGCGCGUGCUUGAAGAGCUCGGCCUAGCGCGCGAUGUCGCGGCGAAAUCUGAAUCCAGCUCGGAUAGCGCAGACGGCAGCGGUCAUCACGCAGCCAUGAAAUCGUUCAAGUUUGUGCGAGGAGAAGCACCUCACGAAAUUAUUUUUGACUACCCGGAAGGGCCAACUGAUGAAGGCCUGGGACUACACCGUGCGAGUUUCUUGGAAGCACUCGCUGGCAACAUCGACCGCUCGAUGAUUACCGAGCAUUUCAAGAAACGCUGCACGAGUAUCCAGAAGAUGGGAUCAGGGCGUACGCUCCUUGUGUUCUCAGAUGGCACAACACACGAGACAGACGUCGUCAUCGGUGCUGAUGGCCUGAAGAGUACCGUACGCCGCUUCGUGCUCGGUCUGCCUGAGGGCGCGCGCGACGAAUCGCUCGUCUUCACGCGUACAGCUGCCUAUCGCGGACUUGUGCCAAUCGAAGAGCUUAAGGCUGCAGGCGCUAAGACAGACUUCUUGCAGUCGCUCUGCUGGUUUGGUGAGGACAAGCAUCUGAUCACCUUCCCUAUCAGGGACAACAAGAUACUGAACAUCGUGGCGUUCACUACCGAUUUUUCGCGCCCGAUGGAGUACGAAGGGAAUCCGCAGGAAUGGGUCAAGGACGUCCCGCAGGCUGAGAUGCUCAAGGACUUCGAAGGAUGGGGCCCAGAGGUACAGGCAAUGCUCAACGGCAUCAAGAACCCCAGCAAGUGGUCAAUUCACGCCUUGUACCCGACGAUAGACAAGUACGUCGCAGGCAAAGUAGCUCUGAUCGGGGACGCUGCUCACGCGACAUUACCGCACCUCGGUGGCGGCGCUGGCUGUGGUAUCGAGGACGCAUAUGUUCUGGCUCGUCUUUUGGCUAAUCCGCAAACGAACGCCGCGAACGUCGAGGCGGUACUUGAGGCUUAUCAGACUGUUCGAGUGCCGCGUGGCUCCUACACAGCUAACCAAAGCAAGUUCGCUGGCGAUGCGUAUGAAGGCCACGGACCAUCUGGCCCCACCGAUGAGGGGCGGAUGAAGGACUUCAGUAAACUUUGGGAGGAGAUUUGGCGCCACGAUCUGAGGCAGGAACUUCGAGUGGCGGAAGGCGCGUUGAUCGCGCGCGGCGCCUUCACAUCGUGA